GUUGGCCAAACGGCACCCACCUGCUCAACACCUGAUGUAGGUAAGGAGGCAGGUGGACCAAAGGGACCAGGACACACCCUCACAAUCAGCUGGUGGAAGUGUGGUGGACGGCACAGACAGAGAUGGGUUAUGUGACAUCGGGUGAUUGACAAGUGGGUGGCUCCGCCCAUCUGUCAAACGCAGUGUUGGAUCCAGACCCCCCACUCUUGUCCUCUAGCUGCAUCGUUUCCAGAUGCAAGUCCGUUCUCUUUUGAGGGAAGUCACCCGGACAAUAUUUUCCCAGCCUCCUUGGGGGAGAAUGCAAGGGCAUCUGGGGAGAGGUUUUCUUACAGUCUAGGGCAGGUGUUGCGUUCCAGCUCCCAUCAGCCCCUGCCGUCAUGACAAAAAAGGAGGCAGAGUGGGAGUUGGCAUCCAGAACCUCUGGAGGGCAAACAAGCUCUGGAAAGCUGGAUGAUGAUGAUGAUGAUUUAAUUAAAUUUGUACACCAUCCUUCAUCUGAAGAGCACAGGGUGGUUCACAACAUAAAAAUACAGGAAAGCAUAAAAUACAUAAUAAAACAAAAGCAAAGGGAGAGGCAUGUGUAAGAGACUCAUUUAGAAUUAUAUUUCGGGAAUGAAUGAUUCCUGUUCUUAUGUAGCUGCAUUAUUUUUAUACGUUCUGGAUGUCCCAUCAUCACAAAGUAUUUGUGCCCUGUGUUAUAAAACAAGCACUGCUAGGAAUUGUUUCUCUUUGUUUCCCAAUGUAUCAAUUAAAAAAAAAAAGGGUGUGGUGCAAGCAAAUUUUUAUUUGGCCUGGAGAAAAAAGUUUGAGAACCACUAAUGGAAAACGAAUGUCAAAUAUUGGGGGUGAUCACGGCCAUCUCUUGGUGAAAUAUGUUUAUGCUCCUUAAAAAAGAAAAGAAAAGAUACCCAUCACUUUCCCAAGACACUCUCUCAGUAUCCUUAAAUGCUUCUGGGAAUUGCAGCUGGAGAGAAUGUUGGCGGAUUUAGCAGGACUAUUGGGUUGGCCACUGUGAGAGGCUGGGUUAGAUGGGCCUUGGGCCUGAUCCAGCGUCCAGACUCUUCUUACCUUCUUACCUGCUGACAUUUCAGGUGUCGGGGCGGCACCUGGAGGCGGCAGUGACUUUCCCCAGGAAAGAGGAAACUUUGUUCCAAAAUUCCCAGCGGCACCUCGAUGGGGAGUUUUAUCCAGAGAAGAAAGAGGAAACAAGCGUGAUGGGUGACGAUAGGCAGGAGAGCGAGGAUGAGGUGGAACCUCGGGAAGUAUCGGCAAAAAGAGGCGAGCGUCUGGAGAUGCCCGAGAAAGCUGGAGCUCAAAAUUGCUCAGAGACAGAGGAGGGAAAUUGGUGGGGUGAUCAUAAUGGGGAUUCGUCUAUGAUCCCAGUUCAAAAUGAGAAAGACAGUGGGAAGAGAGAGUAUAAUUGCCCUAUAUGUGAGAGCACCUUCAGUAGUGAAUUAAACCUGGAGGGACACCAGCGAACUCACACCGGGGAGAAGCCAUAUAGGUGUCUGGAGUGUGGAAAGAGCUUCAAUUGGAGCACGAAUCUGAUUAGACAUCAGAUAAUACACAGAGGGGAGAAACCUUACAAAUGCACAGAGUGUCGUAAGAGCUUCAACUGGAGCACACACCUUAUAAGACAUCAGAGAAUCCACACCGGGGAGAAGCCGUACAUAUGCCUGGAGUGUGGGAAGAGCUUCAGUUCGAGCACGAGCCUGGCGUACCACCAGAAAACCCACACAGGGGAGAAGCCGUACAAAUGCUCAGACUGCAGCAUGAGUUUCUGCGUCAAAUCCAGCCUUAUGAGACAUCAGAGAAUCCACACGGGGGAGAAGCCGUACAGUUGCUUCGACUGCGGAAUGAACUUCACGGCCAAGUCGGACCUCACUCUGCACCAGAGGGUCCACACGGGGGAGAAGCCGUACAAAUGCUCCGAGUGCGGGAAGAAGUUUGGCCGGAGGAUAAACCUCACUUCCCAUCAGAGAACUCACACGGGGGAGAGGCCGUACAAAUGCUCCGAGUGCGGGAAAAGCUUUCGUAACACGUCGCACCUCCUUCGGCACAGGCGGAUCCACACGGGAGAGAAGCCUUAUAAAUGUCUGGCCUGCGGGAGGCAGUUUAGUCGGUGCGAGCAACUCACUUCCCAUCAAAGAAUUCACAUUGGGGAGAAUCCCUAAAAGCACAUGGAAAGUGUUUCAGUCAAAAUGCUGCCCUCACUUCACAUCAGAGAAGUUUGCUCCCAUAAAACAGUAAAAAUGGACUCCAGGAGGAGGAGCUAUGUGAGGCUUACGUCUUGAGUAUUAUUAUUAUUUAUUGAAUUUAUAUACCGCCCUAUACCCAGAGGUUUUAGGGUGGUUCACAUAAAAGAUCACAAUAUAUAAAAUCAAAGUAAAAACAAUAACCCAAUAGCACACGCAUGCACACACAAAAAGAGCCGCAUUUUAAAAGGGUACAGGAUGUCGAUCAGGUCAGCCAAAGGCCUGGUUAAAAAGGAACGUUUUUGCCUGGCACCUAAAGGUGUAUAAUAAAGGUGCCAGGUGAACUUCCCUGGGGAGAGCAUUCCACAGACAGGGAGCCACUGCAGAGAAGGCCCUGUUCUUGUGUUGCCACCCUCCUGAUCUCUUGAGGAGGAGGCACACCAAGGAGGGCCUCAGAUGAUGAUCUCAGGGUCUGGUUAGGUUCAAAGGAAAAGAGGUAGUCCUUGAGGUAUUGCGGUCCUGAGCCAUUUAAGGCUUUAUAGGUCAAAACCAGCCUUUGAAUUGGGCCCGGAAACUAAUUGGUAGCCAGUGUAGUCGGAACAGGAUCGAUGUAAUAUGCUCAAAGCGUCUUGCUUCAGUAAGCCGCUGAAAUCUGCACUAGCUGAAGUUUCCAAACAGUCUGCAGAGGCAGCCCUAUGUAUAACACAUUGCAGUAAUCUAACCCUGAGGUUACCAGAACAUAGACAACAGUAGCUAGGCUAUCUCUGUCCAGAUAGGGGCGUAGCUGGGCCACCAGCUCAAGCUGAUGGAAAGCACCCUGGGCCACUGAAGCCACCUGAGCCUUGAGCGACAGCAAAGGAUCCAGGAGUACCCCCCAAACUACGAACCUGCUCCUUCAGAGGACGUGUAACCCCAUCAAGAGCAGGCGACCUUCUAGCCAUCUGCUCUAGGGAACCAACCAUCAACAGUGCCUCAGUUUUAACUGGAUUGAAUAGGUGUGGUUAGGAUUGUGAAGUAACCUGAUGGGCUGUUAAGAGUCUUAGCAAAAUGGCCCGGAUGUCCCUUGACGGCACCAGCCUUUGGAAUGUGACCCCGCUUCGGAUUUUUUUGGGGAGGAAGGACAAGACACGAGGUGGGCGUUUUUCCAAAAUCACCAGGGGCUGAAAGCGCUUAGCUGGAGUUGGUCAAAACAGCAUAGGAUUUGGGGUAGCCUUGUUUCCAGAUUGGUCUUCUUGUAUUUCUGUAAAUAAACAAUGUCUAGAGUGACACCCCUGCGUUUCUCUUGCUUAACAGAAGCUAAACCCCACAGGCUUCUCUCUGCAAUUCCUACUGUUUCAGGGAGUGGGGAAUAUUCACCUAUACAGCAGCCAUUUAAUGGCUGCUAUAGCUCAUAAAGAUUAGAGACCGGACUUCUGCAGUGGAUACCAGCCAUGGCAGCCUACAGGUGCCUCUGAAUACCAGCCGACGGGAAUCGCAAGUGGGGAGGGUGUGGCUGUUGUGCUCAGCUCCUGGUUGUUGGCUUCCCCUUGGGCCAUUUGGCUGGACACAGUGAGAACAGGAUACAGUGGUAUCUCUGGUUACAAACUGAAUCCGUUCCGGAGGUCUGUUCGUAAUCAGAAACCGUUCUUAUCCUGAGGCGCGAUUUCGCUAAUGGUGUUUCCCACCACACGCGCCUCCAGCACACGAUUUUUGCUCACAUCCCGGGGCAAAGUUCGCAACCAGGAGCAGCAACGUCCAGGUUAGUGGAGCUCAUAACCCACAGCGUGCGCAACCAGAAGCGUGCGUAACCAGAGGUACCACUGUACUGGACUAAAUAUGGCAGCCAGGCUCCAAUUUGCCCCCCCCCCCACGAACCGUGAUUCUUCUUUAAGAUAAUAGUUAUUGAGUUUCAUUCAUGAUGAACUGCUUUUUUUAAUUUUACGGCGUUUCCACUUCUUUUCUCACAUUGCACUGUGAUUUAUUGAUUUUUUUAAAUGUAGAUAAAUGUAACUUCUCAGUGCAUAAAUAAAAAUCUCCAAAAGUCCGAUUGUCACCUUAAGUUAUAAGAGGAUAGGUCGUGGUUCAGCAACAGAGUACUUGCAUUGCAUGCAGAGGGUUCUGGGUUCAAUCCUGGUAUCUCUAGGUAGGACUUCGAUAGGUGCUCUGCCUUAAAACCCUGAAGACCCACCACCAACCAGUGUAGCCAAAAGCCCAGCGUCUGUGAGGAUGGCAGAGCUUCGGGACUCUUCCCCCCCCCCCCCCCCCGCCCUCGUAGCUUGACCUCAGUGUCCAGGCUGAACGAUAGGGGUGGAGACGCUCCUUCAGGUAUACUGGGCCAAGGCCGUUUAGGGCUUUAAAAUUCAGCACCAACACUUUGAAUUGUGCUUGGAAACGUCCUGGGAGCCAAUGUAGGUCUUUCAGGACUGGUGUUAUGUGGUCUCACUGCAAGGUUGUUAGGAGGAUAAAACUGGGGGAGGAAGUGGGGCGCAGACUCUAGCUUCUUGCAGGAAAGGCAGGAGAUAAAUGGAAUAAUAAUAAUUUUUUAAAAACAAAAACAAAACAUAUCUCUCUGAAACACUGGGACUCUAGUUCCCAAGAAUUUAGCCUUGUCAAUUAGUGAGCCAAGAAACUAGUGCAGUGCAAAUUCCUUGCUGCAAUUCAACACACAUUCUCCCUCUGCAACCUGUAGAAUUGGGUUUCCGAAAUUGGUCUGCAAACCUCAUCCAGGUUUAUCAUGGCAUGCCUGGUUGUUGUUUUUAAUAAAUGCAAUUAAAACUUCACAGUGCAUUACAAUUGCUACAGCCUACAACCGACAGAUUAAUAAUAAUAAUAAUAAUAAUAAUAAUAAUAAUAAUAAUAAUAAUAAUAUGGUCCCCUAAGACCCUCAGGCAUUUUCAAGUGGAUCAUGGGAGGAAACAAAGUUUGGGAACCAUAGAGAUGGAAGGGACCCCGCUGGUCAUCUAGUCUAAUCCCAGCAGUGCGGGAAUUGCAGUUAAAGAAUCUGCCUGACCUCUGUUUUAAAACCUCCAUUGAAGGAGUUUCCACCACCUCCCACCUGCUGUAGAGUGUAUAUAUAAUUAGGUAUCACAGCAAACUUUUGCAACUCCAUGCUGAACAGAACGGGACUUACUCCUAGGUAAAAAUGUGUAUGGGAUUGCAGCCUAUUGGGCUCUGCCACCUCUCGCCGUCUGAUAUUUGGACACUCUUAAUUUUCUUUUUUCGUUUAAUUUGUUUUUGGGACUGUGUGGAACCGAGUUCAGCUACUGAUUGAUUGAUUGUGUGACUGCGGAAAUGGAUAAAAGCCCCUCCUCCAAACAAUGUCUAUCAUCA